AUGCCCUUCAACUACAAUGAAGCCGAUGUAAUCGAGAAGAACAUGCUCGAUGACGCCUUCCGGAUAUGGGGCCUCGUCAUCUACAGAUGCACCUAUAAGAGCGACUCUGACUGGGAGGAGUUCAUGCGUCGCUUACUCUAUCAUGUUAGAGAAACACUCUACUGUAACGAUGGCCUAGAUAUGCUUGAUUCAUUCGUGCCUACUGUUGUGGACGACAAGAGGCGGUUUGAUGGCGUGCCUGCAUCUAUAGUGCGUGAUUAUUUCAAACGGUGGGCGCGUACUGCGUGUGAAACCGAGCAGGGGGUUCCGUUUGCUCGUGCCCAGUCGGCGUAUACGGCACGGUAUAAAUCCUGUAUCAUGGUUGAUGAGGAGGCGUUACAGUCCGUUCUGGAUAUUCCACCUGAGAAGGUGGAUGGUCCUAGUAGCACUGGCUUUGUGAUUCUGGUUAAUGGCAUGUGGAAGCCGGAGUUCCUGAGUGAAGAGGAAUUAGAGGGUUAUAACAGUCCGCCGCCAGAGAAUAAUUUCGAGCCAGUGCAAGGGUGCACGCUGGAAGAUGUAGGCUGGAUGAAGGUGCCGUAUGAUCGGGCUCAGAUAAACACCUCGGCUUUUAUGCGCGAUAGUCCUGCCUGGAAUGCAGCGUAUAGGCGUCCUCCUGAGAUUCCUUUCUGCUUCUGA